CUGUAUAAUAUCUUAAAACACGGUCUUAGAAGGUAGACCGUGUCUUAAAAGGUGGUCGUUACCAAGGUAUAUAGAUAAUAUUAUCUACAAACCUUGAGUGCGUUACAAAUACGAUGAAGAGAUGAUAUCUUGCCCCUGCCCGUGAUAAGAUUUCUAUAAUUUGAACACGUGAGUCGUUGCACCUUGCCGGCUUGCACAGUCGUUUCGUAUAUCAAUUUCGGUUUUGCGCAAAUGAUGACGGCUUCCCCGUAACGUGUUUAUAUACUUGAAUAGUGGAAGUCUGGACUCGCUACUCAUCAAGACGAUUCGUGAAGUUCGAAUUCGGUGGCCAUGAUAACAAUCUGAAUCGACCUAAGUACGCGUCCAAGUCGAACUUCACCGUGGUGUCAUCGUGUCAUUAAAAUUGGUCAACAAUUAUUUAUGUUAAAAUGUCCAACGUUUGUGUUCUGUGUGUGAAACCAUUGAUCAAAUAUCUGAGGUCCAGGAUAUCUUUGCACGUAUUUCCAGCGUGUCCAAAAAAACGGCAGAUAUGGCUCAACCAAUGUAGAUUAACAAACAAAGAAGUCUUACCAAACCGUAAAAUAUGCUCAUUUCACUUUGAGUCAACAUGUUUCAAAUCCAAUGCAAAGAGACGCAUACUUAACCCUGAUGCUGUACCAACAAUUUUUGUGAAUAGCCAUGUUAAAAAAAGUGUGAAAGGAGGACCAAAAAAUUUCAAUAAGAAAGGGAUUAUUGGUCAGAAUCGUCAGUCUUAUGAUAUACCGUUAACAAGAGCAGCUAAAAAAAGGAUUUCCAGUCGAAAUUGUGUGUCUCAAGAUAUUUUACAAACAAACCCUGCUAUAGAAGUAUUUGAUCAUGUAAAAAGAGUUGGAACAAAUCGAAAAAGAAAAUUUGACGAGCUCGAUGAACCUAUCACAGAACUAUUAAAGAAUAAGUUAUCAUUUAUGUCACUAUUGAAACUUGUUAAGAUUCAAAUCUCAUUGGCUAACAGAAUAAAAUGAUUAACAACUGAUAGAUGGAACAUUUUUAAUCUGUAACUAUAAUAUAACAAACACUAAAAAAAUGCUCCAUUUUUUUAGCACUGCUAUAAGUUAAUAUGUUAAUAUGUUGUACAAUAUAAGACGUAUUGUGUUCCAAUAUAAUUGGGGAAAAAGAUAAUUAUAUUUUGAGGAAUUUGUUUAAUCUAAGAUAAGAUAAUUUUUCUUUUUUAUUUGAUAUCCAAAUGUUUUGUAUAAUAGCCAUUUAUGUGAGGCAUAAGUAGAUUAAUGCUUUGGAACUGAAAAAAGUUAAGGUAAAAUUAGUGAAGAUAUUUGUAUAUUAUAAAGUUAAAUUUUUUAUUCUAUAAUUUUACAUGGAAAUUGUUUAUGACACUUUUGCCAUUAUUAAAUAUGAAAACAAACUACCUUUUUAUUGUUAAUUUUAUAAUUUAUUAAAUUAAUGUAUUUAUUAUUAUUUUUUUGUAUUU